AUUCAUACACAAACCUCCAUAGAGGACAUGCUUUGCUAGCUGCUAGCUCUGCACCCUCUCUACUAGCAUUCCCCAGCUCCACUCGACUGACCGACCCCCUACACACUCUGAGAACAAACUUGUCAUCCAGUAUAGAGCCCGUUCAAGGCCCUGAAUGGACUUCGACAUGCUGAAUUCCCACCCGGAGGCGCAGCUUGAGCUGAUGAAAGCAAUGCUCCAGCUGGAGCAGCUCACUGCGUUCCCUCUCCCUGAUCACGGCGCCAUGAUGAUGGUGCCUUCAACUCCCCCGUCGCCAGGCAUGCCGCAAGCUACUACCCACCACCAUUAUUUCUCUUCGGUGCCGCACCACAUGUCUGCGGGCGCCAACGGCCGUGGCGUUUACGACGACGACCACCAGUACUCCCAGGGCACAGCUGCGCCCUGCAACGGCAGCGCCCGGUCGUCGGAGUACGUGGCGCAUGCGCAGGGCCCUGUCGCCGGCGGCGGAAACAGCGGGGAGAGCACCGCCGCCACCUCCGUCGGGUCGUCGUCGUCGGCGAUGCGGGAGAUGAUCUUCCGCGUGGCUGCGCUCCAGCCCGUGAACAUCGACCCGGAGAUGGUGCGGCCCCCGAAGCGGCGCAACGUGCGCAUCUCCACCGACCCGCAGAGCGUGGCGGCACGGAUGCGGCGGGAGCGCAUCAGCGAGCGCAUCCGCAUCCUGCAGCGGCUCGUCCCGGGCGGCACCAAGAUGGACACCGCGUCCAUGCUGGACGAGGCCAUCCACUACGUGAAGUUCCUCAAGACGCAGGUGCAGUCCCUCGAGCGCGCCGCCGCCGCCAGCGGCCGCCGCCCGGCGGCACCUGCAGUGGCCGAUAACGGUGCCAUGAACGGCCAGUGGUAGAUCUAUCGAUCGGUCGCUGCCACUGCGCUGCGCGCACCAUCAUCUAGAGCUGACGGUCGUCCGGCAUGCAUGCAUGGCCCUGCAUGUUGUGAUCAUUAAUCGCCGCUGGACCUGGAGGAGCUAGCUCUGCACGUACGUACUACGACAGAACGCGCGCGCGUCGGCAACACCGCUUGCGCUUGCGCCAUAAUAUGUGUAAAUUAAGACGACGCACUUGGCUAGACGCCUUACAUUUUUACUAGUCGUCGUACCUAGACAUGCAUGCUGUUUUAUUUUACUGCGCGCUCUUGUAUGCUUGCACACACUUUGUAGACUGUACAUUGCACCCAUCUCAUGUUAUGAACGUGUUUCCAUUUAU